AUGGCGGAAGAGUGGGUUUACGAGGAAGCUACGGACGAGGAAAAGCUGCAGAUUGCACAGCGGUUCAUACUCGCAAGUCCUCCAGGUCAAGCGCACGAAGUGCUGCAUGAUGUAUCAAAGAUUACGCCUCCCCAUGUGCUCUCUGAUGACGCACUGCGCUUCGCUCUGCGAGCGUAUAACGUGAAACACUGCAUUCCUGUUGAUGUACCGGAUGCCGAUUAUAAGGUAUUAAUCUGUGAAGAAGGUGAAGUCGAUGCGACGCAUUAUGUGGACCCUAUCGGGAACCGUGUGCUGGGGUUUGACCACAUGAAGCAGCUUGUUGUGCCGGAAGACGUUGCGGAGAUACCCGAAUCGAUGGUCACGGACUUUGAAGAAGCACGCCAAGCUGUUCAAAAGACUCUGCAGUCGUAUCUGGGGUUCGAGUACAUGCACGGGGGAACUGCUGGUGUGUAUGUGGUGGGCACGAAGCUGGUGGUGAAUUUGUGUACGGAGCGGGUCAACUUACGCAACUUUUGGGGAGGACGGUGGAAGUCGCGUUGGGAAGUGGACCUGACUGCCGAUCCGGGCGUGGUAAAGGGUACCAUUGAGCUGCAUGUGCACUACUUUGAGAAUGGAAACUUACAGUUGCAGAGCUCUAAGGACGUUGAAGCGGAGAUCACGACUCAACACCCAGGCAGUUUGGGUGACGCGAUUUUGCGUAUCAUGAAAGAGGCAGAGGAUGAUUUGCAGAUGAACCUCGAAGACAUGUACAUUAACAUGUCCGAGGAGACGUUCAAAGAGAUGCGACGCGUGAUGCCCGUGACCCAGACGAAGAUGGAGUGGAGUUUGCACGCACAUCGGACCGCGAAGGAUUUGGGACGCAGCACGUAG